GCCAUGAGGGGCCCGCGCUGCGCCCCGCUGCUGCUCCUGCUGCUGCUGCCGCCGCUGCUGCUCACGCCCCCCACCGGGGACGCCGCAGUCAUCACCGGGGCCUGCGACAAGGACCCCCAGUGUGGUGGAGGCAUGUGCUGUGCUGUUAGUAUCUGGGUUAAGAGCAUAAGGAUUUGCACACCUAUGGGCAAAGUGGGAGACAGCUGCCAUCCGCUGACUCGUAAAGUUCCAUUUUUUGGGCGGAGAAUGCAUCACACAUGUCCAUGUAUGCCGGGCUUAGCCUGUUUACGGACUUCAUUUAAUCGAUUUAUUUGUUUAGCCCGAAAGUAAUCACUUGAGAGUAGAAACUUUAAAUGUGAACAGCCACAUGAUGUCUGUAAAGUCUAUUUACUUGUGAUUGUGCCAAACAAAUAAUAUGCCAGAAAGAAAUGCUGUUGCUUUCUCAACUAUCCAAGUAACAUUUCUAUCUUUGAUGUUUUAAAUGACUUUUUUUUUUUAAUUGAAAGAGGAUUUUAAUUUUGGAUACGAAUGUAAAGUGCAGGGCAUUAUGGAACCGGUUCUCAUUUCCCUGUUUGUGUUUUGGUUUGGCUUGGCUCUUUUAAUGCCAAUAACUCACCCAUUUUCACAAAAAUGAGGAGAAUAAGAAUUUGAUAUUUUGUCACAGAAACGUUUUUUUCUCAAACCCCCUCCCCCCAGCCCUGCCUACCAC